UUCAUGAGAAUAUCUGACCAGUGACAGAGAAGCAGCACUCGUCAGCACAGCUCUGUGGCUACAGUGGACGGUGCUAAAAGUUGAGUCUACAGAGGCGAGAUAAAAAUAAACUCUUGGCUUGUAUUCAGGCAGACCAAGAAAGACAGCGUCAGCUGUGAACGGCCACAUUGACGCGGCACAACAGGUUUGAGAAGAAAAGAAAACUUGAGGGCGUUCUGUCCGGUACUUUAAACUUUCCUGGUUAAAUAUAGAGGCGGGGUUUAACAACAUUUGCAUUUCAAAACCAGAAGUUAAAGCAAAAGCCCUCCGUUGGGCGCGAGUCUACACUUGCCUCAGGGAUAAUUUGUUGCCGACUUGUUCCUUGCUGAGCGGGAAGGGAAGGGAAGGUGUGGACUUUCUGGAGGCGGCGGCGCGUCCAUGGCGGUUCCUGCCCCUCGCUGCGGGUGAGCUUGCUGCCAGAGUUUGGAAUGGAGACAUUAGGGAGCAUUGAUGGAACAGAAGCUGAUUGCAACUCACCAACACUUGUCUUGCACCGGGCAAAGCUGCCAGCCAGUAUCAUCAUCUCUACAGUCCUGUUCAUAGCUGAAGCUGUAGCUGGUGGUGUGCUAUGUGCCUCAUACAGCCGCUGGGACGAUUCAUAUUGGUUAGGACUAACCAUCACCUUCAUGCUGGUACCAUCUGUGUUGAUUCAGUUUACAUUCAUCUUAAUUCAUCGGGAACUGGGGACAAAGAGGACAUUUGUACUGCUGCUUCAUCUGCUGCAGAUGGGACAUAUCAUCAGAUGUCUAGAAGCCAUUGUUGUAUUCUGCAAGUCUGGGAAACAUGAAGAGCCAUAUGUCAGCAUUACCAAGACAAAAAAACUCUGCCACGGUCAGUCAAGUGAAUUUGAAAAAGAAGUGGAUCACUCAACGAGGAAGUUGCAUAUCCAUCGCAAUGCCUUUCAUCGGACGACUGUUAUUCAAGCAUUCAUGGGUUCCACGCCCCAGCUAGUUCUUCAGCUGUAUGUUAGCGUAAUUGAGAACUACAUUCCACCUGCACGAGUUGCUCUGAUGGUGUUGUCGUUGAUAUCAGUCACGUACGGAGCCUUGGUUUGUAACGUCCUCUCCAUUCAGAUCAAGUAUGAUGACUACAAGAUCCAGCUGAGACCAAUCGCUUACAUUUGCAUCAUCCUCUGGCGGACCUUGGAAAUUGCCACCAGAAUCACCGUGUUGGUGCUUUUCAGCACUGCUUUGAAGGAGUGGAUCUUCGCAGUGCUGUCCUUUGACUUCUUCAUCCUUUUCUUUCUUCCUUGGGUGGAGUUCUGGUGUGGCCACUCGCCUUUCCCUGAAAACAUCGAGAAGAGCUACAAACGGUUUGGCACAACUAUAGUACUGUUGCUUAUUUCCUUCCUCUACGCUGGAAUUAAUGUGUUCUGCUGGUCGGCAGUCCAACUAUUGCUCAGCGAUCGUGAUUUAAUCAGCAAGAAACAGAACUGGGUCAGGCUCUUUAUCUAUUAUUCUCUACGGUUCAUGGAAAAUGCAGUGCUCCUACUUCUAUGGUAUUUUUUCAAGACCGAAGUGCAUGAAUACUUUUGCGCCCCUUUGGUAGUGGUCCAACUAAUAAUUUCCUACGGUCUGGCCCUCGUCUUCAUGCUCCUCUUCUACCAAUACUGUCAUCCAUGCAGGCAGCUUUUCACCCAUAACAUUGCCGAUUGCCUCGCAUGUAGAUGUUGGAUGGGCCCUCAUUUUGAGCCUGCAGUUCAGAAUUCAUAAUUUAAUAUUUUCAUUGUGACUUCAGGUUGGUGUGGUAAAUGUGCAAUUUUGUUACUUCUUUCAGUAUUACCUCUGUGAUAACGAUAAAUACAUGUGAAUUGCGAACAGGCUGGUGAAUUUCACAUUGCUUUGUGAUGGUCAGUUUAAUGCUUGGGAAAUGCAUGCUACUGUAAAACUAUGACAGCUCAAAUAUUGCUUUCUAAAAUGCACAUUAAGUAAAGAAGAAUAAAGACUACUUUGAGCUCCUCUUUCAAGAAGACCAGGAAUCAUUAUGCGAGCCGUUCUCUCUAUCAAGUCUAAGAAUGUCCAGCCGGAUAGACACUUCCUUUUAUAUAUAAAAAAAAGUCAUGGAACUUUGUCUAUUUCCGGUUAUCAAAGCUGGGUCUUAUUGAUCAUGUGAUUUCAUUGAACAUUGUUCUUAAAUUGAAAGUAGAAGAUGACCUUUUCCUCUGGGCCAUUUGUAUGAGGCAGCCCAUAUACCAGCUUUUGACUGUCAUGUCUGAAUCUUUCCCAAUGCUGAACCAAACUUCUUUUGAAGAUGUGUUUGAAAGUAAAUUAUUUUUGAUUG